AAUACCAUGUAAAAGGAGCCCAAAUCGGGCCGAAAACAUCGCGAAAUGGCAACGCAAAAGCCCGGCGAGUGGGCCAACUCACUUUUGGCCCGCUUCGAGGAGCAGUUACCGUACCGAACGGGUCCACAUGGAACGCAAGCUCGGCUUAGCAUCGAUCAGACGAUGAACUGUUUGAUCCAAAUUUCACGCUAUCGGUUCUCGCUGGUUAUUUCCGGUCUAACGAAGAUGCUGCAACGGGUUAACGAAAUUUGUAUUAUUCUGCAGUUUCAGCCCCCGGCCUGCCGGGGACACGAACCGGAGCGGUGCUGCUACGAGUCGCUGAUCAUCAUCCUGGAAACCCUGGAACGGUGCCUUUCCGGUCAGUCGAAAGAUACAGCUCGCUUCGAAGAAGCGAUGAACGUAAAGUUACUGCUGCGUGAGAUUUGCCAGUUUAUAGAUAUUCAAAACGAAAACAAUCAAAAUGCGGCUUCCUUGAAAGCUCUCGCGUCCAAGGUGCUGUAUGCACUAUCCCAGAACCACUUUGGGGCCGUUUUUAAUCGUAUUUCUGCCCGGCUGCAAGAGUUGAGCACCUGCUCGGAGGAAAAUCCGGACUACAGUGACAUCGAACUAAUUCAGCACAUCGAUUUAGACGUUAACCGCCUCACGAAGCUACUCACGGAGACCAUCCAAAAGUUUAAAUCAUUGAAAAAAUCGGCACAUUUUAUCCUGCUGAAUUCACUGGAGAAAGCUCUCUGGAAUUGGAUCGAAUUCCAUCCGAAGGAGUUCGAGGACCUGCAGCGCAAUCCAAACGAGGAGCUCUCUAAGUGUUGCGAAACAUUUUUUGAUAUUCUGGAUUCGUAUGCGGAGAAUAAGAAGGCUCGGUCGGCCGUGUGGCCACUGCAGAUUAUGCUCCUGGUGUUGAGUCCCAAAGUGCUGGAGGAGAUCGUGAAUGCCGACUCGGGGGCACCGUGUUCGCCGAGGCAUUUGAAGAAAAAGCAUUUCAUGGAAGGCAUAAAGAAAGGAUUGGGAGCUCAUGCUUCCUCGAAGCAGUCCACCGAAUCGGCAGCCAUUGCGUGCGUUAAGCUGUGCAAGGCUUCCACGUACAUUAACAUAAGCGAUUCCAGCAACGUCACUUUUCAGCUGGUACAAAGUGUGAUUAACGAUUUGAAGGCGCUGCUUUUUAAUCCCGCGAAACCAUUUUCUCGGGGACAAGGUUUUAAUUUUCAAGAUAUUGAUCUUAUGAUUGACUGUUGGGUUUCCUGCUUCCGGAUUAAGCCGCAUAAUAAUGAAGCGUUGAAAGUUUGCCUCAGCCUGAACUCACCGCCAGCGUAUCACUUCGUGAUCGUUAGUUCAUUGCUAAAGAUUGUGACCCAGGCUAGGCUGCCGUGGUGGCCGCAGAUUGAUUUGGUUUACGCUCGAUCUGGUGAAUUAAGAGCGCUGUUUACGGACACACUGAAUAAGGCAACACAAGGUUACAUCGCCCACACUCCGCUGAGGAUGAUAACUUCGUUGACACUCAAAUCGAAAGAUGCUCAAAGUCGGUUAACUCGACCGGACGAAGGCCCCGCCCAUAAGGCACUGCUGUUGCUAAUGGUUCGAUUGAUUCACGCCGAUCCUAUGCUGCUGUUAAAUAGUCUCGGAAAAGCCGGACAUGAAGUGCAAAGCUCUACCCUGGAAUUGAUUAACGGUUUGGUUUCGCUAGUGCAUCAACCUACUAUGCCAGAUGUUGCCCAGGAAGCUAUGGAAGCACUAUUAGCCUUGCAUUCACCGGACAAAAUCGAAGUAUGGAACCCGGAAGCACCGAUUAACACCUUCUGGGACGUCAGUUCGCAGGUGCUGUUCUCCAUUUCGCAGAAACUGAUCCAGCAUCAGAUCGCAAACUAUACGGACGUCCUGAAGUGGUUGCGUGAAAUUUUAAUCUGUCGAAACACGUUCCUCCAGCGGCAUAAGGAUUACGCUAACGUCGGCAGUCAGAUCGCAAUCUGUCGACAGGCUCACAUCAAGCUGGAAGUGGUAUUCUUCAUGUAUCUCUGGUCGGUCGAUCUGGAUGCCGUGAUGGUUUCACUGUCCUGCUUUGGCUUGCUUUGCGAAGAAGCGGAAAUACGAUCCGGUUCGGAUGAACUUACCGUAGGUUUUAUCCUACCGAAUUACCACCUCUAUCAGGAGCUUUCGCAUGCGUCCAGCACACUGACAACGCAAAGCGUUGAGUCGCGGUACAACUUCUAUGAACACACGCACGGCAGAAUAGCAUUGCAGAAAAACAUAAUGUCGCUGCUAAGGAAGAUCGAACACUGCGUCAACGGCGUUCAACCGGCCUGGGAGGAAACGUUCCGCAAUUGGGAGGUCACAUCGAAGCUGCUGCAAAACUAUCCCAAGGGAAAACCGGAGGAGGGCCAAGCGGCGGAAGUUUUCCACCGCAGUAUGGGUAAGCGCCGAGCUAGUCACCAAAGUUCCGAGCACGAUCUGGAGGAGCAGAUCACCGAGUGGGCCAACAUGACCUGGUUCCAGCUGGCUUUGGGCGGUGUCUGUCUGCAGAAACCACGCACGCAGCGACUGGCGCAAAGCCAGCAGAUGCUGCCCAUCGGGGUGAGUGGUCCAUCGCUGAUGCAGUCGACCACUUCGCUGUCCAGUUCGAGCUCCGGGCGGGGUUCGAUGCAUCCGAUCAUGGGUUCGCUGGUUUCGUCGAUCGGCGGCGGCAGCCAGGAGGUUCAGUACUGUCCGGUGACGCAGUUUAUUGGGCAACUUUUACGGCUUCUGGUGUGCAACAACGAAAAGUUUGGACCUCAAAUUCAGAAACAUGUUAAGGAACUGGUUGGACAGGAGAUGUCCCCUCACCUGUAUCCGAUUUUGUUCGAUCAGAUUCGUUCGAUUGUGGAGAAGUUUUUCGACCAGCAGGGUCAGGUGGUGGUGACGGAUAUUAAUACGCAGUUUAUCGAGCAUACGAUUUAUAUUAUGAAAUCGGUUUUGGAUGGGAGGCAGAGCAAGGAUCAGAACGAUCAACCGUCGAAUGCGGAGCAUUUGGGUGUUACGAGUAUUGAGAAUCUUAUGCUGGCGAUCGUCCGGUAUGUUCGUCUGGAUAUGACCGUGCAUGCGAUACACAUUAAAACGAAGCUUUGCCAGCUGGUUGAGGUUAUGAUGAAGCGGCGGGACGAUUUAGCUUUCCGACAGGAAAUGAAGUUUCGAAAUAAGCUGGUCGAGUACCUAACGGACUGGGUGAUGGGAACGUCUCAUCAGAUUGCUCCUCCUAGUUCGGGGGAUGUUACGAUCAUAACUAGGGAUCUUGAUCAGGCUUGCAUGGAAGCAGUGGCUGCCCUGUUACGGGGAUUACCUCUUCAGCCGGAGGAGUCCGACAGGGGGGAUCUGAUGGAUGCCAAAAGUGCGCUCUUUUUAAAGUACUUCACCCUGUUUAUGAACCUGCUGAACGACUGCGUCGAUGGGUCGGAAGCCGAUAAAGAUACCAAUAACCCGCCGUUGCUUCCGCCUCGGCCUAGAGUAGCGGCUGGAAAGUUGACGGCCUUGAGAAAUGCCACAAUUCAAGCUAUGUCUAAUCUACUCAGCGCAAACAUCGAUUCCGGAUUGAUGCAUUCAAUCGAUCUGGGCUACAAUCCGGAUCUGCAGACACGAGCCGCUUUUAUGGAGGUUCUUACGCAGAUUCUUCAACAAGGAACGGAGUUCGACACACUGGCCGAAUCGGUAAUGGCCGAUCGUUUUGAGCAGCUGGUUCAACUGGUAACAAUGAUCAGCGAUAAAGGCGAGCUUCCGAUUGCCAUGGCUUUGGCGUCGGUUGUCACGACAUCCCAAAUGGAUGAGCUGGCCCGCGUUCUGGUGACCCUAUUCGAUGCCAAACAUCUGCUCUCGCCGUUGCUUUGGAACAUGUUCUACCGUGAGGUGGAAGUUUCCGACUGCAUGCAAACGCUGUUCCGAGGUAACUCUUUGGGCAGUAAAAUCAUGGCGUUUUGCUUUAAAAUCUACGGAGCCAGUUAUUUGCAAGGAUUGCUGGAACCGCUCAUUCGACCCCUGCUGGAUGAUCCGGUUACCAGUUUUGAAGUCGAUCCCGCUCGCUUGGAAGCUUCGGAAGACAUUGAAGUCAAUCGGAAGAACCUGAUCGCUCUCACGCAGAAGGUAUUUGACGCCAUCGUCAACUCCGCCGAUCGUUUUCCCCCUCAGUUGCGUUCCAUGUGCCAUUGUUUGUAUCAAGUCCUCAGCAAACGCUUCCCCAAUUUGUUGCAGAACAACAUUGGAGCCGUCGGAACGGUGAUCUUUCUUCGGUUCAUCAAUCCAGCGAUCGUUUCCCCCCAGGAACUGGGUAUCGUCGGCAAACAGGUCCCAACGCAGAUCAAGCGAGGUUUGAUGCUGAUGUCGAAAAUCCUGCAGAACAUUGCAAACCACGUGGAAUUUUCCAAAGAACAGCACAUGCUGUGCUUCAAUGACUUUCUUCGAAUGCACUUCGAGGGUGGCCGGCGGUUUUUCAUUCAGAUUGCCUCCGACUGCGAGACGGUCGAUCAAACUUCGCACAGUAUGAGCUUCAUCUCGGAUGCAAACGUUUUGGCACUGCACCGUCUUCUGUGGUCCCAUCAGGAGCGAAUUGGAGAUUAUCUUUCCAGCAGUCGCGACCACAAGGCGGUUGGACGGCGUCCAUUCGACAAGAUGGCUACCCUGCUGGCUUACCUUGGACCACCGGAGCACAAACCGGUCGAUUCGCAUCUGCUGUUUUCGAGCUACGCUCGCUGGAGUUCGAUCGAUAUGUCGUCAACCAACUUCGAAGAAAUUAUGGUCAAGCACCAAAUGCACGAAAAGGAGGAAUUCAAAACCCUAAAAUCGAUGAACAUUUUUUACCAAGCGGGAACCAGCAAAGCUGGCAACCCGGUGUUCUACUACAUCGCACGACGGUACAAAAUUGGCGAAACCAACGGCGAUCUGUUGAUCUAUCACGUAAUUCUGACGCUAAAACCAUUCUGCCACUCGCCUUUCGAAGUCGUAAUCGACUUCACGCACACUUGCUCGGACAACCGUUUCCGUACGGAAUUCCUGCAGAAGUGGUUCUACGUUCUGCCCGAAGUAGCGUACGAAAACCUGCACGCGGCCUACAUUUACAAUUGCAACUCCUGGGUCCGGGAGUACACCAAAUUCCACGAUCGCGUACUGGCUCCUCUCAAAGGGUGCCGAAAGUUAAUCUUCCUGGACUCACCAGCUCGGUUGAACGACGUCAUCGACCCGGAGCAGCAGAAACUUCCCGGUGCAACACUCUCCCUGGACGAAGAUCUGAAAGUAUUCAACAACGCGCUCAAACUGAGCCACAAAGACACCAAGGUGGCCAUCAAAGUCGGACCAACCGCCCUUCAGAUCACCUCAGCGGAAAAGACGAAAGUGCUCGCCCACUCGGUCCUGCUGAACGACGUCUACUACGCUUCGGAGAUCGAGGAAGUCUGCCUGGUGGAUGACAACCAAUUCACGCUUUCGAUUGCCAAUGAAAGCUCUCAGUUAAGCUUCAUUCACAACGACUGUGACAACAUCGUUCAGGCCAUCAUUCACAUCCGCAACCGCUGGGAGCUGAGCCAACCGGAUUCAGUAACUGUCCACCAAAAAAUUAGACCCAAAGAUGUACCCGGAACGCUCCUGAACAUGGCCCUACUUAAUUUGGGAUCGUCGGACCCGAACCUUCGGACGGCGGCCUACAAUCAGCUGUGCGCCCUCACAGCGACCUUCGACCUUAAAAUCGAAGGUCAACUGCUGGAGACUCAAGGGCUGUGCAUCCCCUCGAACAAUACCAUCUUCAUCAAAUCGGUAAGCGAAACGUUGGCCACCAAUGAGCCGCAUUUGACGCUUGAAUUCCUAGAGGAGUGCAUCCAAGGGUUCCAAAGAAGUACGAUCGAGUUGAAGCAUUUGUGCUUGGAAUACAUGACCCCAUGGUUGGCCAAUCUAGUGCGGUUCUGCAAACCUUCGGACGAGAGCAAACGGCAGAAGCAGGUGGCGCUGAUCCUGGAGAAGCUGAUCAAUUUGACGAUCGAACAAAAAGAAAUGUACCCUUCGAUACAGGCAAAAAUCUGGGGAUCAAUAGGACAAAUUCCGGAACUGAUCGAUAUGGUGUUGGACAACUUUAUACACAAAUCAGUCAGUUCUGGGUUGGGAUCUCCACAAGUGGAGAUCAUGGCUGACACGGCUGUGGCCCUGGCAUCAGCUAACGUACAGCUAGUUGCGAAGAAAGUUAUCGGGCGCCUUUGCCGCGUUAUGGAUAAAACCGGUCACUCCCCUACUCAGUAUCUCGAGCAGCACAUGAUGUGGGACGAUAUUGCAAUCCUGGCUCGUUAUCUGCUUAUGUUGUCUUUCAACAAUUGCCUGGAUGUUGCCCGCCAUCUACCAUACCUGUUUCACACCGUGACUUUUCUGGUUUGCAGCGGUUCUCUGUCAAUGCGAGCCUCGACGCACGGUCUAGUCAUCAACAUUAUUCACUCUCUAUGUACCUGCACUAAACCGUCCUUCUCGGAGGAAACCCAACGGGUUCUUCGCCUGUCGUUGGACGAAUUUUCGCUGCCAAAAUUCUAUCUGCUGUUCGGCAUCAGUAAAGUUAAAUCCGCUGCUGUAACGGCAUUCCGUUCCUCCUGUCGGCAUCCCAACGAUCGCUGGCUCGGUAACGAACGAGUCUCCCUAGCUCCACCGGCUGACCGUGAGCGAUUGGCUCUACCAUCGCUGGAAGUCAUAACAGACGCCUUGCUGGAAAUUAUGGAAGCCUGCAUGCGCGACAUUCCCGACUGUGAUUGGCUGCAAAAGUGGACGGCGUUGGCAAAAAAUUUUGCCUUCUGUUACAAUCCUGCUUUGCAGCCAAGAGCUCUGAUCGUCUUUGGUUGCAUCUCGAAAAGCAUCACCGAUCAGGACGUCAAGCAGUUGCUUCGCAUACUGGUUAAAGCUUUGGAAUCUUUCACCGAUAUUAUACUACUGGAGUCUCUAGUCAUGUGCUUAACUCGACUGCAACCGUUGCUGCGGCCCGAAUCUCCCAUACACAAAGCGCUGUUCUGGGUCGCCGUGAGCGUACUCCAACUGGAUGAAUCUACUCUCUACGCAGCGGGUCUCGCCCUGCUCGAGCAGAACCUACACACGCUGAACUCACAGCAGCUGUUCGACAAGCAAAACAUUGCCGACGUUAUGAUGGCUACUCGGGAACCACUGGAGUGGCACUUCAAGCAGCUCGAUCAUGCCGUCGGGCUGUCCUUCAAGUCGAACUUUCACUUCGCGCUGGUCGGUCAUCUGCUGAAGGGCUUUCGGCACCCGACACCGACGACGGUUUCUCGUACCUCGCGCGUGCUGACCAUGCUGCUGGGAAUCGUGGCGAAGCCCCACCGGCGGGACAAAUUCGAAGUGACACCGGACAGUGUGGCCUAUUUGACGGCCUUGGUCUGUCUGUCGGAGGAAGUCCGGUCGCGAUGUCACGUUAAGCACACCCUUCCUCGUUGGCCAAUCGAAACCGGUGGCGGCUCCGAGGCCGGCGGUGCCGCAGAUCACUUGUCUGCCGGUGGAACCGGCAGUGCACAAGGUGGUGCAGCCGGAGGACAGAACGUUCGACGGCAAAAGUCCUGGGAUAUGUUGGACCAGUCGGCCAUCCAGUACGCCCGGCAAUCGCACAAAGUGCAACCGCAUCAGGAGCGUGGAUCGCGAUCUUCCGUGUCGAACGAAUCGAAUGUAUUGCUCGAUCCGGAAGUGCUGCCCGACUCGUCUACGCAGGCCCUGGUGCUGACGGUGCUGGCGACACUGGUCAAGUACACUACGGACGAGGCGGAAACGCGAGUCCUCUAUCAGUACCUAGCCGAGGGUUCGGUCGUUUUUCCGAAGGUUUUCCCCGUGAUUCACUCCUUACUGGAUCAGAAGGUGAACAAUGUACUGUCGGUGUCAACCGAUCAGAUUGUGCUGGCCUCCGUGCAGAGCAUCAUCCAGAAUAUGCUGGCCAGCGAGGAUGCUUCCCAGCAGCCGUUACACUUUCUGCAGAGCUGUGGCUUCGGGGGUUUGUGGCGUUUCGCUGGACCAUUCACUAAGUACAACAUGAUGGUCGAAUCGUCGGAACUGUUCGUCAACUGUCUGGAAGCGAUGGUCGAAACCUGCCUGCCGAUGGAGGAGAACACACCGAUGCCGCCGUCACCCAGACCGUACAAUCUUAGCUCGAGCCUGAGCAGCCUAACCCUCGGUUCGCCAACGGACAAAGGUUCUUCCUCUAAUUGAAACUCUCCUCUCUCUCUUGGUCUAUGUUUCUGUCUCUGUGUGCGUGCGUGUGUGUGCGUGAAUGUACCUACUCUCUAUCAUUGUGGUGUCGGCUUCCGUGUUGGGACUUCGACAAAAAUUAUUCAUUUAGUUCGUACAUUUUACUCUCUUUUCUCCCUCUCUCUGUAUUCGUAUGUUUAUUUUAGAUAGUGUCUUCCGAUAACUUUAGUUUGUAUGUUUCUUGUACGAUUAAGUAAAAAACUAAGAUGCCAUUUGUACUACUUACUGUCACUAAGUAGGUGUGGUUCAGUUUGUACACAUGUUUAGUGAUUUCAUUGGAUCUACGAUUAUUUAUCAGCCUAAGAGUUGAGGGCUCGUUAGGACUUAAUCAUGUUUUGACGCUCGAUGGCGUGUAUGUAUAUUUAAUCUGUUUGGUUUGACGUAGACCUGAAGAAUCCUGACUAACAAAUAUCUGUCGUAGAAUAUAAUAAACAUCCUACUUAGCCAUGUUCUUGUUGAGCAGACUGUUUAGACUAAACCCUGAGGCUUAGUAGUAGGUCAGAUGGUUUUAUGUGUUUUUUUUUCUUAAUAAACAAUACACAACUAUUUAUUGUUAGCAUUAUUUGAUCCUGUGAAAGAUGG